AGGUUGCAGAAUGAGGGUCCAGCGGGUCUCCCAGGCACUGUUUCAUGCCUUCAGCUCGACCGCCCGCACUCACAUGGCGAACAGAGUGGUGGAGAAAAAGAAACUCUUCCAGGCGGACAAUGACCUUCCAGUGCACUUGAAGGGCGGAGGAGCCGACAACAUCCUGUACCGACUGACUAUGCUGCUGGUUACGGGGGGCACCGCCUACAGCCUGUACUGCCUUGGCUGGGUCUCCUUCCCCCACAAGAAAUGAGCCCAAGAAACCUGCAGGACCUGAGGGACAUGAACAAGCGUCAA